AUGUCGAGAGCCCCUCCGCCUGGUGGCGCCGGUCGGAUGCCGUACGGCGGCGCGCCCGGCCUGCCUGGUAGCAACCCACGAGCAGCCAUGGGCCAGAGCCGUCAGCCUCCUGGAGGGGACCCAUACGGCCAAGGCCAGUACGGAGAUGCGCGCAUGUCCCAGGCUGCCGGGCCGCGAUCCCCGGGCAUGCAACGGUACGGCGAGAAAGGCCCGGCUGCCCAGCAAGGCGGCGGAAGACCGGUGCCGCUGAGGGUUGAAAAGGUGUCCGACAGAUCCCUUCAGGCGAGACUGAUAUACGGGAACCUAUGCGCCGUCAAUCCCGAAGACUUCCCCCCCAGUCGAGAUGGCACCGAUCUCUACAUACUCCUUCGGGGCGGCCAGCCCGCUGGUGAGUACGUCGUCACCGCCCAGCCCGUCAAAGAUUUCCCGCGGGGCUGCAUCAGCUUGUCCGAUCCUCAGCGUUUAUGGUGCAACAUUACGAUGCGAGAUCAGUUUGCGGGCGAACUCUACGACCCAUUCUCAUCAGGAGGGAAAGCCUAUCUCGGGUCGCUGGACCUGGAGAUUGGCUUUGCUUCACCCAACAAGAAGACCGAGGUUCCAUACGACGAGGACGAGCUGUCCAAGAUAUUCAUCGACACCUAUCAGAACCAGAUGCUGGCGCCUGGUCAAAGGAUACUGAUGGACGUCCGAAACAUCCCGCUCCUAAUAAUUGUCAAGACGGUCGGCUUGGUGGACCUUGCAAUGUCCUCGGACGACUCCAACAAGCAGGUGUACCGGGAAGCCAACGCCAGGGGCAUCCUCACAAACCAGACCCGUGUGCUCUUCCACCGAGACGGCAAGGGGGAUUUCAACAUGAAGCCCUCCAUGUCAAAGCCAAACUCCAAUGCCAUCCUGGCGCCCGACUUCAAAUUUGAGGACAUGGGAAUCGGCGGACUCGGCGACGAGUUUGCGACCAUCUUCCGCCGAGCAUUCGCCUCGCGCGUCUUCCCGCCCGGACUGGUCGCAAAGAUGGGCAUUCCCCACGUGAAGGGAAUGCUGCUAUACGGCCCCCCGGGAACUGGAAAGACCUUGAUUGCGAGACAGAUCGGUAAGAUGCUAAAUGCCCGGCCGCCCAAGGUCAUUAACGGCCCCGAGGUGCUCAAUAAGUACGUUGGUCAGUCCGAGGAGAAUAUUCGAAAGCUGUUUGCGGAUGCCGAGAAAGAGUACAAGGAGAAAGGGGAUGAGAGCAGCCUUCAUAUCAUCAUCUUCGACGAGCUCGACGCCGUGUGCAAACAGCGAGGAUCCGGGGCCGGAGGUGGCACCGGCGUCGGCGACAGUGUCGUGAACCAGCUUCUGUCCAAGCUGGACGGCGUGGACCAGCUCAACAACAUCCUGCUCAUCGGAAUGACCAACAGAAAGGACAUGAUUGACGAUGCGCUGCUGCGUCCCGGCCGUCUGGAGGUCCAUCUGGAAAUUUCGCUGCCCGACGAGCCUGGACGACUGGAGAUUUUCAAGAUCCACUCGAGCAAGAUGAGGAGCAACGGCCUUCUCGACCCCGACGUCAACUUUGAAGAGCUGGCCGGUCUUACCAAGAACUACUCGGGUGCCGAAAUCAACGGACUUGUCAAGGCUGCCGCUUCCUUUGCCUUUUCCCGCCACACCGAAGUUGGGCAGCUAGCCGCCGUCAAGCAGGACGUGGCCGAGAUGAAGGUCAACCGCGAGGACUUUAUGAACGCCUUGACCGAAGUCCGGCCCGCCUAUGGUGUCUCGGAGGCGGAGCUGGAAGACGCCCUUCGGCUGGGCAUCAUGCCUUAUGGCGCUCACGUCGAGGCUACAGUCCAAGAGAUGAUGCGCGUCGUGGGCAUGAUCAGGGACGACCCCAACAAGUUUAGCACCUCUGUCCUCUUCCACGGACCAAAGUCAUCUGGCAAGACGGCCAUGGCGGCGCACAUUGCCGUGCAGUCGGGAUUCCCCUUUGUCAAGAUGGUCACGCCGGCCGACCUGGUGGGCUACAGAGACGAUUUCGCCAAGAAGGACUACGUGCACCGGGCCUUUUCCGACGCGUACAAGUCUCCCGCCAGUAUCCUCAUCCUCGACGACUUUGAGCGCUUGAUAGGCUGGAACCCGAUCGGGGCCCGUUUCUCCAACACCAUGCUGGAGGCAUUGACUACGCUCAUUGUCUCGAAGCCCCCAAAGGGACAUCGCCUGCUGGUCUUUGUCACGACAUCAAAGGCGUCUGUGCUGAAAAUGCUCGAAAUCGACACGGACUUUGCCAAGAAGGUUGCCGUGCCUGCGGUAUCCAACCUCAAGGAGCUUGCUGCCGUGCUUCACGAGUCGAGGGUCUUCAACUCGGGAGACAUCAACGAGAUUGUCAACAUUGUCCAGCAGCGGACGGGGUCUGAUUCCAUUGGCGUGGGCAUCAAGACGAUUUUGGAUUGCAUCUUUGAGGCAAAGGCUGGCGGCUCCAGCUCGGACGUCCUGGAGACAUUCUCGGAUCUUUUGCUGGAGAAGAUACAGGAGAUGCAAGGCUAG